UUUAAGCGAACAAUUUUUUAGUCAUAUUUUUAUUCGUUUGGCUCCUUGUAAGUGGCAAAAUCAACAAUGGCAGGUCGAGAAUCAAAUGGUCUCGAACAUUUCUAUGCUGACUUUUAUGAACGUAAAACCCGGAAUUUAAAUUUGAAACAACACAUUGAUCAAGAUUUGAAUGAAUUCCAUGUAUUGGAACGAAAAUACAUUAUGAUGGAAGAACUGUUGAUAGACAUAAAGAUCCACAAAAAUGAGAUGUCCAAAAUGUACAAUUAUAUGGUUGAUGUCAUCGGUGAUGUGCGCGUCGCAGACAAGGAAUUGCGCCACAAAAUUGAUGUAUUGAAAGAUUUUCACGAAGAAAUGAACAAACGUAAUGAGAAAAAGGCGACAGAAGUGCAAGAGCUCAAAGACAAGAUCGCGGCAACCAAAAAGGAAAUACACGAAUUGAAGAACAAAGAACAAACAUCGAUCGAAUUUUCGAAGGAUGAACAGAAUUACGAGGAAAAUGGUGCCGGCGACAGCGACAGCGACAUGGUAGUGGAUAUGAGAGCGGAUAAUGAUUACAUGGAUUUCAUGCAAAAUUAUUUUCGUCGUGGAACGAAUAUAGUGAGUUCCACCGUUCACGGACAUGACAGUUCAGACCAAGACUCAGAUACAGCCGAAGACAAGUUGAAUUAA